UUUCAAAAUAAAUGAAUAAUAAAUGAUAGAUUAUAUAGAUUUUAUGCUUGAAAUGUUGCCCUUGAUCUGCUGCAUAUUUUCCAGUUUCACUCAUUCUUUUAUCACUUUUUGAUUUCGAUACCAUUUAGCUGAAGACGAGGCUGCUCAAGUGCUAAGAAGUGUGAAAGAAAAACAACUUAAACCAUUUUGAAUUGUGAAACCUAAUUGUUUGGCAAUUUACUAUUAGUAUAGUAAAGUUUUGAUAGCCAAUUUUUGGCUCUUUUAGCUAAUCAGUACUGAUUUCCAUUCAAGUGAUGAAUGAAUAAUGAUCGUCCCUUAAAAUAUGCAUAUGGUUUCGAUUAAUGAUUCCGUAUCGAGUAAGUGGACAAAUUGAUUUUCCGCAUAAAAAUUCAAUAGCUUGGUUAACCGGCAGUCUACAAGAAAUCACCUUUGCAAAUAAGCAUUUUCUAAUCUUCAAUUUGAUUUACACAGUUUUCAUACCAACUGAACAUUAUUCACGGGAAUUUUCUAAUUCAGCUGGAUAUUUACGACGUCUAUAAUUUGAUCAAUUGCCAGAAAAUCUUUGGUAUAAAUCUUGGUUUAAAUAUGAGGUGUAAAUGACAACCCGAGACAUAUUUAUGCAAUUAAUAACUUGUUUUGCUCUUACAAUUCCACGAAAAAAAAUCGGUGGCAAUUAAAAAGAUCGCUUCGCAGGUUUAAUGAAUUGCCUGCUCAUGUAAUAGAUAAUCGCAAGUUGCUGUUCAAUUGCUUUGAUUGAAUUGUAAAUUGGAAUGACGUAAGUCCAAAAUUUCUAGGCGGAGGCUGAAAUGUUGGCCAACUGAUGUAUUUGCGGACUUUAAUAUAUUAUUUUGACAAUUCUUUGAUUUUGUUGAAUCCGGCUGUCAUUUGUGCAGUUUCUUUUAUAAAUAGUUAAAUGAUUUGUUUGAGAAUUACUCAUCGUUCAGGAAGUAGAAUGUUUGGGCGAUAUCGGAGAAAAUAAUCUUUCAGCGAUUUGUUAAAGUCUACAAGAUUUGUUGGGUUUUCACCUCAGUCAAAUUCAAACAGUAGUUCAAUAGUUAAGAUUAUUUUUUGAAAUUUACUUUGUAGGAACUGCUUCCGAGUAAUUGAUUAUGUGGGCAGUACCUGGCUCUAGAGAAUAAGCUAUAACAUUUUCCAGUUCAGAUCCGAUCAGUUCAAUAAAGCUUAUAAAAAGAAAGUUCAGUCGCAGCUCGCUUAAAUGUUUAUUUCAUUUCUACUAUUAUUUCAGCAUGCAUAUUAAAGUCGACACAUUUAUGACAGUUUAUGUGUUAAAAUUAUAACGACAACUGUUUCAAUAACUGAUAGAGCAACUAUUUAAUGUUGAUUGGCAAUCGUUUGCUGAAAGCAUUGGCUAUUUUCCAGUUAAUGUAUUUUUAGGUUUUCUUUUAACAUUUUAUGUAGUUCUCUACAUAUCAUCGUUGUCAAUUAUCGGUAGGUUAACAUUGAAUUUAAUUAUUGAACAAUUUUUUAAAUUUCGACAUUUUUGAUGGUGUACCUAUCUGCGUUAAUAUCACGAUUUCUGUAACAAAGGAAAACUACUUUAUUUGAAAGGUUUAUUUUCGUGCAAGCAAGGUCGAUGAGUAACGUAGAAUGGAAAUGUGUAGAUUUGAUUGAUUGAUUGACAUUAAGAAUUAAAUCAGGAGUUUCUUAUAAUUUUUUUACCUGUCCUGGUCUGGCUCCCUACAAUAAAGACUUGAUAGGUUUUAAUCGUUAUUGUCAAUUUCGAUUCAUUUACAUAGUGCCAUGCAUAAUGUUAUUAUUCUAUUAAUUUAUCUGUAUUGGUACAUGUAAUUGUAACUUCUAAAAAACACAACCGUGCUUUCAUUUAUCUAACCCGCUUUUGCUAUUAAAUAAUAACAAAACCAAUUUAAUUUAGUCAAACAAAUGACUAACAUACAUACAGAACAUAUGUUAAACCUAACAAAUCAGACCGGUUGAUUAAUAGGCAUUUUGUCAACAAGUGAUUAUUGUGUGUGUGGGAUGCAAACGUUAGAACAAUACCUGGUGAUAUGCAUAGUGUACAAGAAAAAUGAUAAUUGAGAAUUGCGGCAGUUGUGAAAAUUGUGAAAAUAUGGAACAUUUAGUGGAGAACGAAAUCGUUGAAGAAGAGGAGGAUGAUGAUGAAUCGGCCGAUUUAGAGGUGGCAGCCGUUGAAGCUAUCAAUAAUGAUAUUAGCCGCAGCAUGUUGCAUCACCGAAAAAGCUCUUUGGCUUUAACACCGGAAGAAGAGCCAUUGGAUAUAAAUAGAGGGCCAAAUGAAACAAAAUAUGGACUGAUAUCACCUACACCUAAGCAUCAUUUAAAGUUACUCCUCGUAUUUGCCCAUCCGGAUCCAGUGUGCGAUUCAUUAUCAAAAGCGGCAGAUAAAUUGGGUUUUGAAAUUACCACAAGUAAUACAAAUAUUGGAGCUUUAGACGAGUAUCAGGCCAAGUCGCAUGACCUGGUAAUAGUCGACACCAGGGCUAAAAAUUUCGACAACGACCUGCUCUGCCGAUCUAUUAGGAACACAAAAGGAAGCCAGCACACUGUCAUAAUAGCAAUAGUACGAAAGAGUGCAUUUGAGCGAGAUGACGUUACAAUUGCAUCCCUUUUGGAGUCCGGAUUUAAUAGGUGUCUUAUAGAGACUACAAACGUGCUGGUAUGCGUAAACGAACUGAUCGUGCUCAAACACUGCGACCUCAGAACGAUGGCUCAACAUGCUACCUGUCAGGCCAUGUACACAGCUUUAGACAAAUGCAGGGAUCUAGUUAUAGUAACAGAUGAUAGCUACAAAUUUCAGUACAUGAACGCGGCAUGUGAAAGACAGUUAGGCCUGAGGCAGGAAGACACUAUAGGGAAAACUCUGCAGGAACAGUUGGUAUAUGAUACGGUGCAGAUAAAUACGAUGGGUUCGUCCCUGCUGAGAGCCAGAGAAUGGAGCGGUCCCAUGACAUUAAAAAGAAAAUCGACCCAGGAAACUAUAGUCAGCAAUUGUCGAGCUGUACCAUUUUCCUGUGCAGGAAGAAUGCCAACCCACUUCAUUUUAGUUUUUGACACGAAUUCAAUAGAUCCAAGUAAUCUAUCACAAUCUCGAGGUAGCAUACAUUCGAUCAGGCGGGGGUCGACAGAUGUCCGAAGUAUCGGAAGUGAUUAUUUGAGACGGACGUCACUGGCCAAACUAAAUGCUCUUCCCUUAGAAGCCCCUAUUACAAAGAUAGUUGGCCUGAUAGAUCAAAUAAGGGAGAAUGUGGGGUCCAACGGACAAUUAGUACAAUUGAUUGACAAAGUGGAAGACAUACUGAAGGGCUCUGAGCUGUAUGUGUCUCAUGUGAAAGAAGAUUUCAGAAUGAAAACCGAUGAACCUGUCGUGUCGGAUCUCAUUACAGCUCUAUUAUCGAAGGCACCUCAACCGACAGUUACCGCAUCUUCCAGAAGAAGCAGCAACGAUUCUUCGGUGUUCAGACCUUCCCGAACUGGAUUAAUAAAGGUUCCGGCAGCCAUUCGCGACCUGUUGGAUACCGCCUUGAUGUGGGAAUUCGACAUAUUCAAAUUAGAGGAUCUCACCCGGAAAAGGCCUUUGCAGCAUCUGGGUAUGAACUUAUUCAAUCACUUUGACGUGUGUGGAGCGCUGAACUGCGAUGAGAGAACGCUGAGUAAUUGGCUAACCGUCAUAGAAGCAAAUUAUCAUGCUGAAAAUUCGUAUCAUAACUCGACGCAUGCUGCAGAUGUUAUGCAGGCGACCGCUGGUUUUCUUGAAAAGGAGAGGAUGAAGUCAAUUAUGGAACCUUUGGACGAAGCCACCAGUCUUAUAGCAGCUGCAGCACACGAUUUAGACCAUCCUGGCAAAUCUAGUGCGUUCCUAACAAACUCGAACAAUCCUCUGGCUAUUUUGUAUAAUGACGUAACAGUAUUAGAAUCGCAUCAUGCAGCUAUGACGUUCAAAUUAACUUUGGGUGAUGAAAGAGUGAACAUUUUCAAAAACCUGGACAGAGAUACGUACAAAUUGGCCCGACAUAAUGUUAUCGAUAUGAUUCUAGCGACGGAAAUGACAAAACAUUUUGAGCACUUAGCCAAGUUCGUGAAUGUAUUCUGCACCAGAUCGUCAGUUGGAUCGGAAAUAGGAGAUCAAUCGGAAGAUUACGCUCCGAUUCUCACAGCUGAGAAUACCACUUUGGUGAAAAGGAUGAUGAUUAAAUGUUCCGACGUUUCGAAUCCUACCAGACCUCUUCGACUGUGCGUUGAGUGGGCUCGAAGAAUAGCAGAGGAAUAUUUUCAGCAAACUGAUGAUGAGAAGGCCAGAGGCCUUCCUGUUGUUAUGCCGAUGUUCGAUCGACAAUGCUGCUCAAUUCCCAAGUCACAAAUCGGUUUUGUCGAUUAUAUCAUCAAUGAUAUGUUCGAGGCGUGGAAUGCUUUCAUUGAUAUGCCGGAGCUGUUGACCUACAUGAGGCAAAACUACAUAAGAUGGAAAGAGUUUGAUGAACAGAAUCAUACCACGUUAAAUGACAUCCAGAAGCUCCAAGCCACCAUCUUAGCACCUUCCAUUACUUCCAGUAUUAAGUCUGACUAGCAUAAGUAUAUACGUCACAGCGUUGACAUCAGUGACUUAAGAUAUAUUAUUACUCAAAGAACUAUGAACCGUAAUACCUACCUGACUAAAUAAUAAUAGCGCAUAUCUUUCAAAAUAAAUCCCUCUAUUUCUUGUAUAAAUAUUGAAUGUACAUCUAUUUAUAUAUCUAUUUUUAAAUAGAAUAAAUUUUGAAACAUGCAUGCUGGUCGUGCAUCUUUGUCUAUUUGUCGUAAGAAUUAUAAUAGUAAUUAUAUUCUUUGAAGAACAUAUACUUACAAGUUUCACGUA